GGACUUCUGUGGUCAGACUGUCCGAGGCGAUGGAAUGAUUGUGAACUCACAUGGGGACUCCAGGAAAUACUACUUUGUGUCUAUUGGGACAGACUGCCGACUGACCAUGCAGGCCGCUACUCCGAAGGACAAGGUCCAGUUCCAGUUCCGCUUCUUCCUGGUCUACAGCCUCCUGCGCAUGUCCAACAUUCAGAGCCAGACAUCAGGGCCAGGUGUGAGCAGCAGCCUGCGAAACGCGUCAUCUCAAGAGGCUUCAAGGACACCUGGGAUGGGUGCAGACCCUCUAAGCGACCCCUGUAAUGCUGGCUCCUAUGUACAAUUCUACGAUGGCAAAGACCAUUACUCAGAAGCUCUAAGCACUCCUCUAUGUGGGAAGACCAUCCCCAGGCCAGUCCUGUCCACUGGCAGCUAUCUAACCCUACGCCUGGUCACCCGCGGCCAGCAGCCUAGAGUGGACUUUGUUGGUGAUUUUACCUCUUUCAGAAUAGGCUUCAACACCUCGGAGUGCAGGUCAGAGCCGUACUUCAGCUGCCAUAACGGCAAAUGUAUCCCGUCCAGCCUGGUGUGUGACGAGCGCAACAUCGAUAACUGUGGAGAUGGGAGUGAUCAGUCUGCCAGCCCCCCGGCCAACUGCGUCUCCUUGUACAGGAAAGGGGGGAACAGCAGAGUGCAAGGGAUGCCGGGAACGCCCACAGACGGACCAGGCAGCAGCGCGGCUACUUCACCAGACCUUCCGGCGACUGCGCUAAAUCUCAGCUGUGGGAACGAAGGCAAUCAGAAGCUGCUUGUGCCAGACAGCAUCCAGCCGCACGGAUAUAACAUAGACAGGAGAUCCUCCGCCUCCUUCCUUUACCUGUAUAUAAUCCUGGGGCUGGCCAUCGGCGUGGCUCUGCUGUUCUGGUGCUGCUGGUCCCCCGGCUGGUUCAUCUGGAGAGUCAGCGCCUGUCGCUUCAUUCCCUGCUGCAACUCCUUCUGCGCCUCUUGCCACCUCUGCACCCGAAGCUGCGUCCUGAAGGAGAAAAACCGACCCAGCAAAGUGACCCCCGAGACUACAGCGCCAACUGUGCCGGUGUGAAACUGGCCUCCACACGUCGGCACCAAACUCACGGCUGGAAAAGGGGCUUCCCACUACGUAAGGUCUAAACCUGGUUAUGGGGACCACUGGUCUGGUCCCACGGAGAAUAGAAACAUCCUGCCGGUAUUGCGAGCACAGUUCUACCUCAUUCUAACCCUGAUGGCUGCAGUGGACAUGACCACCUGGAACGCCCAUGUAUUGGCCGGAUGUAUCUUAUAUUUAUUAGCUUUCUGCACUCAU